AUGUGGAAGUACUACGAUGGCAAGGCCAUUUUGGUUACUGGGGGCUCUGGCUUUCUUGGAACUGCUCUGGUGUAUCGCUUGCUCACACAAACAUCUGCCAGUCAUGUAUAUCUACUCUGCAGAGGCGGGACAAAAAAACUUGAAUUGCGAUGGGCCGAGUCACUACCCAAGACAGCUAUCCAAGAUCUUCUGGAUAUGAAUCGUAUCUCCACUCUGGACGGAGAUAUCCUCCAACCAAACAUGGGGCUUCCGGAACGCGAUUUGACUACACUUCAAAACGAAGUCAAUAUUGUCAUUCACGCCGCUUCAUCUAUCAAUCUGGGAAAGCCCUUGAAAGGCCUUGCCGACUCUAUCACUGGAGCCAGUGAAAUGAUAGCUGAAUUCGCACUGACGUGCUAUUCCCUCGAACGCUUCGUAUAUGUCUCGACUGCAUACUCAAAUUCACACCUGCUACCAUUUGAAAAGGACAUUGAUGUCCAUGUCAACGAGGAGAUCUACGAACCAACCAAUCUAGACAUCACAACUGAAUGGAUGGAAGUGAAGAAGCUCGGAACCAGCAUGGUAUACGAGGACCAAAACUUCCCGUGGGCCUAUGGCUAUGCAAAGAACCUCACAGAGCGACUACUCCAACGCCGUUUCGCCAAAGCCGGUGACAAGCUUCUCAUCGUGCGUCCAUCUAUCAUUGGACCAGCUCAGCACUUUCCAUUUCCUGGAUAUAGCGUCCCAAUGUCAACACCCACAACACUGGUUGUGGCGGGGAUGAUACUAAGCCCGAAUCUGACUAUAAAGGUUGCAACCAAGUCAAAAGACCCGGGAAGGGAAUGUAAUCUUGAUGAAGUUCCAGUCGAUGUGGUUGUUGAUCGUAUGCUCUGUCAUCUCGCAAUGGGAACAAGUGGAUGUAUCCAUGCUGUCAGUGGUCAAGAGUCGAGGGUUAGACUGUUGGCACUUUGGGAUUCUAUCCUUCGAUUGCGUCGGGUACCUUGGCCGCGUUACGCUGCUUUCAAGGAUGUGGAUUGGAAGUCUUCAGAUCAGCACCCUCUUGCUCGGCUUUAUGCUAUUCUUGGGGCCUCUUAUUGCUUUUCGGAGAAGAAGACUGUAGCUUUGAGUCGGGAUCCUCUGGUGAAAGAAUGCUAUGGGCUGCAACUCUUCACAGAGAUCGAUAUGGCAGACCAGAUGUUGACUCGUACGAGAGACAUUCAUCAGGUCAUGCGCCGGUUUACUCAUAAGAGCAUUUGGGUGUGGAUCAUGGCUAAUGUCUUCUAUCGUGGGUUCAAAGGCAGACGAGAGGAGCAGUCAAAACGUUAA